UGACCCUUUAAGAACUCAAAAGGCAAAACCGUCAAGUCCGGGGUCCGAAACCCAACCAUCCAGAGAUCAUGGCGAACCCGAAACUCUCCUCCGGCUCCGACCACCUCCCCGACCCCGCGGCGCCGGCGAACACUCGCACCCGCCGCCUCCUGUGGGCCUCCGUGGCGGUCCUCAUCGGCCUCGCCGUCAACCUCUCCCUCUGCGUCCGCCGCGGGGGCGGCGACCGCGGCGCGCUCGCCUUCGUCGCCUUCUCCCACCUCAACCUGCUCCUCCUCUUCCUGUCCAGCAGCCGCUUCGAGCGGUCGCCGCCCGGGUCGCCGUCCCGCGGCCGGGCCAGGCUCGCCGUGUGGGUCCUGACCACGACCCUCACCGCCGCCUUUACCUGGAAGAUGGGCGCGCUGCUGCCCCUGCCCCUCGCGAUCGCGGCUUGGGUGAUGGCCGCCGCGGCCGUCGGAGGUGGGUUCUACGUGCUGUUCGUUCUUGACAACAAGUGAUCGAGACCAUGAGAGAGUGAUGUGUUCAUAGAUGCUAUGAUAGUAUGAUGAACCCUGCCUGCUUCUCUGAUGCACACACACAAGCUGAGCCUUGUGCGAGAUAAAUAAAGUCUACGGAUUGGACCUAUC